AUGUUUGGCGUGUACCUCAGUGUUAAGCCAGUUCCAAGGCCCUUCCGACAGCACUUCCCUCGUUGGCUGUUUUCCAAGCAACGCCGAGCUAAGGCUACCGAGUAUACUCAUCCAUUGCCGUCGUCAUCAUCGUCGCAUUCGUCCACCAUCGAAGACGACGACAAUAAUGUGUUUGGUGGUUUGCAUCAACACCACUACCAAGCCUUCGAUGUGACUCAGGUGCAGCCGAUGCAAGUGAUUGGAUCUGGUGCCCACACUACCGUAGCCCUUGGGCUGUGCACGCGUCGACACUUGUUGGUGGCUAUUAAAACCCUUCGACCUGGCUCCAGCGUUCGCAUCUGUCAGUCCUUUGUGGCCGACCUUCACCUGCUCGCCAGGACCAAAUACGACGUGGAAUGGGAAAACAAGCUUCACUGUCUGCAAAGCAUCAUCGGCGCUCUGGUGUACAUACACUCGAUGAACCACACCCACGGAAACCUGAAUUCGCGGCAUGUUCUCUUGGACUCGAAUGCUAAUGGCGGCGUCAAGAUCACUGGCUUUCGGUCGCUACUUCGUCCCUUGCCUGCGUCGUCCGUUCGAUGGACGGCCCCCGAAGUGCUUGUGCAGAGUUCUGCUCCUUCCCCGGCGUCGUCUCUUUAG